AUGUGACGUCAGUUAAUUCCACAGCUCCACAGUCUGGAUCGCUUUCGAUUCAACAACAGAGGAAAAGCAGAGGGGGAAGAAAUGGCGAUGCUAGGAAGCUUCAGCUCUGCACAGCAAAAGAAAAAUGUUUCUGCUGGAGACAGGGAUGUGACAGAGUUUGUUUGCCCAGUUUGCCUCGAAAUAUUUGACAGCCCUGUCACAACGCAGUGUGGCCAUACGUUCUGUCAGAGUUGCCUGCAGGAGUGCUUGCGGCCUCAGAAGCCUGUGUGUGCUGUGUGCCGGGCCGGCCUGGGCCACUGGGCUAAAGCUACGGACCUCGAGGCCCUCAUCCACUCCUCAGUGGCCGCAUGCAAAGGCUGUGGAGCCCAGGUGGCUCUGUCUCAGAUGAGAGGCCACACCGGAGCCUGUCCUAAAUACCAAGAGUACAUCGAAGAGGGUGUGAGGACGACUGCUCAGAGCCAGCCUGCCAUCCUCAGUCCCGUGCCCAACCGCUACACCUUCUCCUGCCCAUUUUGCAACUGCCAGAACCUCGACCAGGACGGCCUGGUCGAGCACUGCACUUCCCAGCAUGCCCGGGACACACGUCAUGUGGUGUGUCCCAUCUGUGCCUCCAUGCCAUGGGGAGACCCCAACUACAGGAGCGCAGACUUCUUCCAGCACCUCAAGAUCAGACACACCUUCUCCUACGACACGUUCGUGGAUUACUCCACAGAUGAGCACACAAUGAUCCAGGAGGCACUGCAGCGCUCCCUCAUGGAGAACUGAAGCCGUGUCCGUUCAGGAGGCGGCGGGGGGGGUCCUGUUCUCAAUGCACACAGGUCUGUGGAACAGGGAGGGGGGAGGGUUACUAUGGGCAAUCAGCUUCACAGGCAACGGGGGGGGGACAUCCAGACAAUCCUAACCUGAAAUCUAUUGGCCGAAACGAUAGUCGAUAUCACGCCGAUGUAAAUCUUGUGAAUCUAGUAAACUCCCAGAGACCUGGCCCGACAGCCCCAACAGCUGAAUUGUUUGUGUGCUUCCUGGUGUCGAAGGAAAUGUAAAACACUUCUCUGAUCUCCUUUCAAAGAAGCUCCCCACCCCCGUUAUACUAGAUUGUUCUUAAUCUGCUAAAUCAUGUUCCUUUUGAGGGGUUUUUCUCCCCCCCCCUCCCCAUUUAGUUCUCCCUCCCAGUGUCACCCACAUGAAAAGUUACCUUCUGUUUGUAACGUAGUCGAUGCUGUAGUGAGGGGUUUCAACCACUAGGUGGCUACUUUUGAACACACUGUAAACUACCCAGUAGAAAAACAAUGGGCUUUCAAGCAAGCAGCAAUAUACUCAAUUACUCUCAAUACUGAAGUGCUACUGUCAUUAUAUGUGGCCUCUUAUAUGAAGAGCCAAUGUGGAUGUUUUGUGAUUAAAUGUAGUCCUCUGGGUCUGAAGAAGCAGUCAUUCAGGGUUGGCACAGUUCUUAGACCUGCCACUAAGAUCAAUGGAUGUGCUGGAGGAUUCGUAUGUGAGCGUAGAAAGUGUGCCUGUAUUCCAUUGUAAAAGCUCAUUUUGUAAUAAUGAUUUUCCCCUCAGUAAGUUUCACGAUUUUUUUUUUUGUUUCGUUUUUUUCCUUGGUGGACUGUGUGAGUAAGAAUCUUCCGAAGCCCCUGAACAUCUGAUUAGCUGCGAUACAAGUGCUAAAGGGGUUAGUAGAAGGCGUGUGGAAUAGCUGUACAAGGUGCCACGGUUCAGCCAGAGGAGGGCAGCAGAGGUCCAUUGUUCCCGUUCGUCAUCCACUGCCGCUGGCCUUCCCAGCAUCCAGUCUGUGUAGCAGGACAGCCUUGUCGACAGACUCCUCUGUGAAUGAGUGUGUGCUCAUCCUGACUGCAUCUCUCCAGGACAAGGCACAGCAGAGUUCACCUCAUAACACUUUGGGAGGGGUUAUCGCCGUUUCCUUUUUUGUUUGUGUUUUAAUUUAUUACAAUUUGUUACGUUUGCUUCUUUUUCUCAUUGUAAAUCUUUAGAUGUCAUUUUUUUGGGGGGGGGACAGUUGAUAUUAACUGGAUGUGAAGGAUGUUGCGAUUUUGGACAUCCUGCCCAGAGUUCAGAUAAAGUAAACCAACUGUGGUUAUCGUGAGACCUUUGUUAUUUAACAGAGGCGGUCUUGUUUCCUUUUGUUUGGCACUUUGCAGUUUUGGUUCCGAACUUCAUCUGACUGGAUCAGCUUCCUUCUUUCCCUGUCUGAAGGGAAUAAUACCCUAGCAUCUGUGGCGGUCUGUGCAAUUUAUGGUGUCGGUGGUGAUGCAUUAAAGCCAUUAAAACAAAUGUUAACAAAUGAAAUGACAGUUUAAUUUCCUUUUGGACUUGAUCUUGUACAAUAAAAUGAAUAUGACAAUUGACCAAACCUCAAAUGUCAUCCAGAAUUGGUUAUCGGGGCUGUUUUCGUUGUGAUACAGGAAGGGAGACAUUCUGUGAAGGUACAUGUUUGGUGUUCUAAUCAACCUCUUGUCAGGCAAUUGAGUGUUCCGUCAUUCAGUUUCUCUUCUAUCUUAACACUCUGCCUGUGAUGACUGGGCACUCUGGUCGUCUGCUCCCCUCGACAUCCUCCAUACUACUGUCAUCUUGUUUUCUCCAAUAAAAAAAAUAUUCACGUGUGAUCAAUUCA